UAUCGUUCCUGCCCUGCCACGUGGAAGCCACCCCUUCCCCUAGAGCUGGACCGGCGGUCACUAGAACCCCUCUGUGGGCUGCUGGUGCACGGCUUCCCGAGACAUUCUGUCCGGGAUGUCGGAGUCCGGUUCCGAGCUGGAGUUGGAGUCGGAGUCCGUGUUCCCUCGGGAGGACGGGCUCUUCGCUGAUUCUUACACCGAGGAGUCUCGGUUCCACUUCUGCGGUCACGUGCUAAGCAUCAAACAGAGCUUCGGGGCUCGGCUUGGGGUGGCUGCGCCGGUGUGGGAUGCGGCGCUGAGCCUAUGCAGUUACUUCGAGAGGAAAAACCUCGACUUCCGAGGCAAGAAGGUGAUCGAGCUGGGCGCGGGGACCGGCAUCGUGGGCAUUCUAGCAGCUCUGCAAGGGGGAGAUGUCACCAUCACGGACCUGCCUCUGGCCCUGGAGCAGAUUCAGGGAAAUGUUCAAGCUAAUGUGCCAGUUGGUGGCCGGGCACAGGUCCGAGCUCUGGCCUGGGGGCUAGACCAGGGUGUGUUUCCUGGAGACUAUGACUUGGUGUUAGGAGCUGAUAUCGUGUAUUUGGAGCCUACCUUUCCACUGCUCCUGGGCACCCUGAGGCACCUGUGUGGACCUAACGGCACUAUCUAUCUGGCCUCCAAGAUGAGGGAAGAGCACAGGACCAAGAGUUUCUUUCAUGAUAUGUUACCACAGCAUUUUCAGCUGGAGCUGGCACAGCGAGAUGAGGAAGAGAACAUCAACAUAUAUAGGGCUACGCAUAGGGGAGGUUGAGAGGCAUAGCUAGCUCUUCCUUACCUCUAAUCACACACAUUCCUCUGAUCAGUCUUCUUUCUCUUGGUAUUGGGAAGAAGUGAAGAAUACUGGCAUAUAGAGAGCCAGGAAUAAUGACCAAACAGGGCUGAUCCCUGGGUCCUGGGCAGGAGGCUCUCUGCCUUCAUUUCUCUACUUUCUUUGGUUCUCUUGUCCCCAUCCUCCUAACUUUGCCAUUUCUUCUGGAUCAAAUACUGGGCAUCAUCAUAGGAAGCCUGAGACUCCUGUCUCACAAAAGCAUUGAUGGGUAGACUAUAAGAAGAUUUUCAAUUCUUGUUCUUGGAUGUGGAGGCUGAGCAGGAAAACUGACCUGAAGCUUUUGGGAUGGGGAGAGGGAAGGUAUUUUGAUGGAAUAUCGCGUGUCAUCGGCAGAGUAAUUUCCUCUGACUGUCUCUUACAGCAAGCAGGACUUCCUUGCUUUUCUGUCUGUAUCCCCAACACUUAGUGCUUUUCACAUAGUAACCACUGAAUAAAUACUCUUUUAUGAUUA